CCCCGACUUCCUGCCGGGCGCUGGGAAGGCGCGCGCGGGCUGGGGUCCCCGGGGGCCGCGUCAGCAGCUGGCCGCGUCCCGGGCCGCCGAGGGGCUGGGCAGUGGGCGGGAGCGGCCCGCAGCCUCAGCGCCUGCCGAGAGCGACUUUCAAACUCGCGCCUGCGUCGCGGCCGCACCUGGCCAGCCUCGCGCGCGGAGCGUGCCGGACCCGGCGGGGCGGCGACCGCGCGAACCUCCCUGGAGUGCCCUCGCCAGGCAGCGAUGCCAGGAUGCCCGUCUCUGCCUCCCUCCGCCAGGAUGGCGGCCAGGAGCGGCCGGUGAGCCUGACCUCAACCACGUCCUCGUCGGGUUCCUCCCGUGACAGCCGCGGUGCCAUGGAGGAGCCCAGUGGCUCCGAGGCUUCUGCCAAGAACGGGGCGGGCUCCCCAGGUAGUAGGAGGCGUCCCCCCAACGGCAGCAGCAGCUCCAGCGGCUGGCUGAGCGUGAGGGGGCCGCUGUCCCCGUUCGGCGGCCGGGCCCCGGCAGCCCCGGCGCACAAGCUCAGCUACCUGGGCCGAGUGGUGCGGGAGAUCGUGGAGACGGAGCGGAUGUACGUGCAGGACCUGCGCAGCAUCGUGGAGGACUACCUCUUGAAGAUCAUUGACACGCCUGGGCUGCUGAAACCAGAACAAGUCAGCGCCCUCUUUGGGAACAUAGAAAACAUCUAUGCACUGAACAGCCAGCUACUCCGAGACCUGGACAGCUGCAACGGUGAUCCCGUGGCUGUGGCCAGCUGCUUCGUGGAAAGGAGUCAAGAGUUUGAUAUCUACACUCAGUAUUGCAACAACUACCCCAACUCAGUGGCCGCCCUGACCGAGUGCAUGCGGGACAAGCAACAGGCCAAGUUCUUUCGGGACCGGCAGGAGCUACUACAGCACUCUCUGCCCUUGGGCUCCUACUUGCUGAAGCCUGUGCAGCGCAUCCUCAAGUACCACCUGCUGCUCCAGGAAAUUGCCAAACAUUUUGAUGAAGAAGAGGAUGGCUUCGAGGUGGUGGAAGAUGCCAUUGACACCAUGACCUGUGUGGCCUGGUACAUCAACGACAUGAAGAGGAGACACGAGCAUGCGGUCCGGCUCCAGGAGAUUCAGUCGCUGCUCAUCAACUGGAAGGGGCCGGACCUGACUAUCUACGGGGAGCUCGUCCUGGAGGGCACGUUCCGCGUGCACCGUGUGCGCAAUGAGAGGACCUUCUUCCUCUUUGACAAAGCGCUGCUCAUCACCAAGAAGCGAGGCGAUCACUUUGUCUACAAGGGCCAUAUCCCGGGCUCCUCCCUGAUGCUGAUCGAAAGCACCAGAGACUCCCUGUGCUUCACCGUUACCCACUACAAGCAUGGCAAGCAGCAGUACAGUAUUCAGGCCAAAACAGCGGAGGAGAAACGGAGCUGGACUCACCACAUCAAGAGGCUCAUCCUGGAGAACCACCACACCACUAUCCCCCAGAAGGCCAAGGAAGCCAUCUUGGAAAUGGACUCCUACUAUCCCAGUCGGUACCGCUGCAGCCCAGAGCGCCUGAAGAAGGCUUGGUCCUCCCAGGAUGAGGUGUCCAUGCAUGCGCGCCAGGGGCGCCGGCAGUCUGAGCCUGGUCAGUCCUCGUUCAUCCGGGCAACACUCCCCAGCAGGCAGCGAGGCUUCAUCGAGCCAGGCCUUAACGGCCGUAGGAAGUCGGAGCCAACCAGACACCUGCUCAGGCAACUCAGUGAGAAAGCCAGAGCCGCAGAAAUGAAGGAGAAGGGGCACAGGGAGUCCGAAGGCCCCAAGAGCCGCAGAAGGUCCGGCGGCCGGUCUCCAACGAGCGCUGAGAAGCGCAUGAGCUUCGAGUCCACCUCCUCUUCCCUGCCAGAGGUUGAACCAGACCCUGAACCUGAAAUGGAGCAGGAAGUAUUUGCUGCCAUGGAAGUUCCCAGCAUUGAGGAGGUGCCCUCAGACACAGAGUCUCCAGAAGUCCUGGAAGCACAGCUUGAUGCCCACCAGGAGCUGCUGGGGCUGGACCCCCCGAGUGACAUGGUGGGCUUUGUGGUGGCCGAGAGCACUGAGGACCUUAAGGCUCUGAGCAGUGAGGAGGAGGAGGAGGAGGACAUGGGGGCCACCCAGGAGACCGAGAGCCUCCUGCCGCCCUCUGUGCUGGACCAGGCCAGCAUCAUCGCUGAGCGCUUCGUCAGCAGCUUUUCUCGGCGGAGCAGCCUGGCACUGGAGGACGGCAAGGCCAGCGGCUUUGGGAGCCCGAGGCUGGCGAGCCGGAGCAGCAGUGUGCUCAGCCUCGAGGGCAGCGAGAAGGGCCCGACCCGGCACGGCAGCACCACGGACGCCCUCGGCUCACAGCCGCCCCCAGAGGUGGACAGCACUGUGGGAGUGGCUGCAGAGAGUGGCCCUUCGGUCAAUGGGACGGAGCCCCCGAGUCCAGGCUGCCCAGCAGAGCCCGACAGGUCUUCCUGCAAGAAGAAGGAGUCGACCCUCUCCACCCGAGAUCGGCUCUUGCUGGACAGAAUCAAGAGCUACUAUGAAAACGCAGAGCACCACGAUGUGGGCUUUAGCAUCCGGCGCCGGGAGAGCCUCUCCUAUAUCCCCAAGGGUCUGGUGAGAAACUCUGUUUCCAGAUUCAACAACCUUCCCAGGCCGGACCCAGAGCCUCUGGCUCCGCUGGGGCACAAGAGGCAGGUGGGCUCCCGGCCGCCUUCGUGGGCUCUGUUUGACCUCCCAGGACCUGGCCAGGCAAGUGCAGGGGAGCCAGCUCCUAUCACAGAUGCUGAGUUCCGGCCAUCUUCAGAAAUUGUGAAGAUCUGGGAGGGAAUGGAGUCUCCCGGGGAGAGCUAUCUGCAGGGGCCCCGCCAAGGCCAGGCCAAUGGUUUUGACCUGCACGAACCGCUCUUUAUCCUGGAGGAGCACGAGCUGGGGGCCAUCACUGAGGAGUCGGCCACUGCCUCCCCUGAGAGCGCCUCCCCCACGGAGCGGCCCAGCGCAGCCCACCUGGCCCGGGAGCUGAAGGAGCUGGUGAAGGAGCUGAGCAGUGGUGUCCAGGGGGAGCUGGUGACUCCGCUGCACCCCCGCAUCGUCCAACUCUCCCACGUGAUGGACGGCCACAUGAGCGAGCGAGUCAAGAACAAGGUCUACCAGCUUGCCCGCCAGUACAGCCUCCGGAUCAAGAGCAAAUCUGUGACAGCCAGGCCACCUCUACAGUGGGGAAAGGCAGCUCCCACCGUUCCCUGCCUGCAGGAGGAGGCCGGAGCGCCCUCUGGCGGCAAGGGCAAGAGAAAGCCGGUGCUGUCCCUCCUCAGCUCUGAGCAGACGGUGGCCCAGGAGCACAGCCCGCCCAAGCCCAGCUCUCCUCGGCAUUUCUCCUUCAGCCCCCCUGCUGCCAGCCCGAGGACCACCUCACCUGGGGUCCGACCCUCCUCUCGAAGCCCCCUCAGCCCCUUCGACACUGAGACCUUCAGCUGGCCUGAUGUCCGAGAGCUCUGCUCCAAGUACACCUCCCAUGACGAGGCAUUGCAGGCUGAGGGCAUCCGGCCCCGCGGCCCGCCUGUCAGCCGCAGCCGCUCGGUGCCCGAGAACAUGUUGGAGCCCCCUCUGGCGGGCAGGGUGGGCCGCUGCUGCAGCGUGGGCGCCAGGAGGGGCCGGGCGGGCCCAGAGGCUGUUGAGCCCCAGCCUCCCGGCAGGGUGCCCCACAACAGGCCAGUCGGAGAGGAGACCCUGUACGUCACCGCAGACCUCACCCUCGACGACAACCGGCGGGUGAUUGUCAUGGAGAAGGGGCCCCUGCCCUGCCCCACUGCAGGGCUGGAGGAACGCAAUGGGCAGGGACCCAGCUCACCAGCAGCCACGGUGGGACAGGGCCUGGAUUUCCAGGAGUCUGGAAUUUCCAGGAGUCCGGAGUGUUGGCCAAAGGAAGAGGGUCCCAGGGACCCAGCGGACCCAGGCCAGCCGGGCCGAGUGAGAAACCUGAGGGAGAAAUUCCAGGCCUUGAACUCCAUAGGUUGACUCUGAGUCCUGGGAGAGGGAGAAGCCGUGCGGCAGGGUGGGGACGCAGAGGAACCUUGGCAUGCUUGCCCACAAGCCUGGGCUCCCCCUGCUCACAUGAGCCCCUGAAAGAAUGCUCUGGUGUGCUCAGCAAUGCUGGGAAUGCCCCGGUGCUCCCCGGGGCUCAUGGCAACCUUCAUAGGCCCAGCUGAGCCCUUCUCCCCACCGAGGCCAGUGUGCCACUUCCCUUAUAUAUAGUUCUUCCCUAGUAAGAAGCUGAAUAUUAAAGCUCUCCUCUUCCAGGGAGAGCAAGCUGUGCUCAGGCCUCUGGUGUUGGGCUGACCACCGCCAGGCUGAGGAGCCCACCCAGAGGAGACGUGGAAGUGGCGUGGGGAGGCUUUGCUCUUUAAUUGUGCCUUUUCUUAGGAUCCAGGCAGGAACAAGGCCCGUAAUUUAUUGCUUUCCAUUCUGUGGUAUCUUUGUAUGUGCACAUGUUUGUGAGUGUGUGUUCUUCUGUUAUUGAUUCCUCUCCCAUGAAGAAUGUAACGGACUCGGUUCAGGUACUUUUGUAGGUUGUCUUGCUGACCCUGUGGUUGUUGCUAAUGUAUAUACAUUUCAUUAUUUGCCAAUGGUGCAAUACCCGCUGCUCACCAACC